AGUCAUUCAGUGACAGCUCCUCCCACACCUUGUGACAGGAGGAUGGAAGAUGGGUUUGAUUGACAUCUCCGAAUCCUUUUGGUUAUUGCCUAGGGGGCGUGACCAUGGAGACUUUGAUUGACGUCCGGCGCGCCCACGAGUAGUUGCGCGUCCCCCGGUGGCUGUGGGGGUUUGAAUUUCUAACCGGGAUCGUUUAAUAUCUACUUCAACAGAAGGCAAGUUAAAACCAGCAAUGCAGCAAGUACUGGAUAACCUCGGUGAGCUACCAACAUCAACAGGCGCAAAGGAGAUCGAUCUUAUCUUUCUCCGAGGCAUAAUGGAGAGCCCAAUUGUAAGAUCAUUAGCGAAGGCUCAUGAGAGACUUGAAGAUGUUAAACUGGAAGCAGUACGUGACAAUAAUAUGGAACUUGUGUCAGAAAUUCUGGAGGAUAUCAGACCAUUAACAAGUAAAGACGACAGUGCAGCAGAACUCUCACGCAUUUUGAAAGAACCCCAUUUUCAGUCUUUAUUGGAGGCCCAUGACAAAGUGGCAUCAAAAUGCUAUGAACUGCCACCAGAAUCUGAAAUUAAUAAUGAAGCACCAGUGAACAACCAGCAACUUGUACAAGCUGAUGCCGUACGAAUGAUUGGUAUCCGCAAGAAGGCAGGGGAGCCCUUGGGUGUCACAUUCAGGGUUGAGAAUAAUGACCUAGUAAUUGCUCGAAUACUUCACGGAGGAAUGAUUGAUCGCCAAGGCCUGCUUCACGUGGGAGACAUCAUUAAGGAGGUGAAUGGACAUGAUGUUGGAAACAAUCCAAAAGAGCUCCAGGAACUGCUAAAAAGCAGCAGUGGGAGCAUAACUCUGAAGAUACUUCCCAGCUACAAGGACAGCCCCACACCUCAGCAGGUAUAUGUAAAAGCACAUUUUGACUAUAAUCCUGGAAAUGACAAUUUAAUUCCUUGCAAAGAAGCAGGCCUUAAAUUUUCAAGAGGAGACAUCAUGCAAAUUGUCAACCGUGAAGAUUCAAAUUGGUGGCAGGCUUGUCAUGUGGUUGGAGGGAUGACAGGACUUAUUCCAAGCCAGUUCCUGGAAGAAAAAAGAAAAGCAUUUGUGCGGAGAGACUGGGAUGGCUCAGGAGUCCUCUGUGGAACUAUUAGUGGCAAAAAGAAGAAAAAAAUGAUGUACCUCACAGCGAGGAAUGCAGAGUUUGAUCGCCACGAACUGCAGAUUUAUGAAGAGGUGGCCAAAAUGCCUCCAUUUCAGAGGAAAACACUAGUAUUAAUUGGAGCCCAGGGGGUUGGCCGGAGAAGUUUGAAAAACAGACUUAUAGUACUUAAUCCUUCCAAAUUUGGAACAACAGUACCAUUUACUUCAAGGCGACCAAGAGAUGAUGAAAAAGAUGGCCAGGCUUACAGAUUUGUGUCAAGAGUGGAGAUGGAAACUGACAUUAAAGCUGGUCGCUACCUGGAACAUGGAGAAUAUGAGUCAAAUCUGUAUGGUACCAAGAUAGACUCCAUUCAUGAAGUCGUCAAUGCAGGAAAAACAUGCAUUCUAGAUGUUAACCCCCAGGCUCUGAAGAUUCUGAAGACAUCCGAGUUCAUGCCAUAUGUUGUAUUUAUUGCUGCUCCUGAGCUGGAUACACUACGCUCGAUGCAUAAAGCAGUUGUUGAUGCAGGAAUAACCACUAAGCUUUUAACAGACAUGGACUUGAAAAAGACAGUUGACGAGAGUGCUCGGAUUCAGAGAGCGUACAGCCACUACUUUGAUCUCACCAUUGUAAAUGACAAUCUAGACAAAGCUUUUGAAAAACUCCAAACGGCAGUGGAUAAGCUCUGUACAGAACCACAGUGGGUGCCGGUCAACUGGGUCUAUUGAACUUGUAACUGAACUGGAAGGAAACGCAUGUGGACACACAAACCGGGGAGACCUAUGCCGACCAAGUCUUCAUCGGGUAUCCCAUUCAACUACAGUACGUUCACUUUUUAUAACAAAAUUGAAGGGAAAGUGUACUUAAUUUAUUUUAAUUUUAUACAUUUUUACAAAGCUCUUUUUAUUCAUAUCAUCCUAAACUUCAAGAAUUCAACAGAAAUGGGUGCAUUUUUUUCUGUUCUUAUUUGUUCCUGCACCUUGUGUGGCAUUUUCAGCUAAAGAUGUGAGAAAAAAGAAGACCUUUGAAUCUUGUUCUUCACCCGUAAAUCAUGUCAGGUGUAAUCAGGAAUGUUUUUUUUUUUUUUAAAUAGGAAGGAAACUGUAUGCUUCAGCUGGGAUAUUUUACAUUAGAGCAAUACAACUUUUAUUUGAAUUUCCACUCUGUCUGAAAAUGAACUUCCAGUGAUACUCCACAGUCUGUGUUUUUGUUUAAAAAAAAAAAAGAAGACAAACAGGGUGCAUUCAAAUAUGAAAAUCUCUUGUUCUAAGAUGAUUCAAUAAUGAAAUGCCGAUUGUUAAUAUGGAUGCUGCAUGGAGACUGAGGGUCCAAAACAGACAAUUGUAUGUGUUCAAAAAAAGGCAUGCACUUCUGCACGUGUUCAGCAUUGCCAAAGACAAAUUGGAAUACAAAGCUGGAACCUGGUGUUCAGAGUAUUUCUGCAAGGGAAGAAGAAUUAAGAGAGCUCAGUAUUUGAAAGCACCUCAUGCACAGUAUUAAUGUGGUCAGUCUUUAAUUUCUGUUUAUUUCCUAAUAAUAUGGAGAAACAGAGACCUGAAGAGUAGCUUUAUGUGAAAGAGUUCAUCUAUACACUCGUAAAUAUAUAUAGUAUAUAAAUAUAUAAAAUGUAUAAAUGUGUACGCAUUUCCCUUUACUCUUAGAGUAAAUUACGAACAGCAGAGGGGUUAGUAGUAUGCAGUAGGUUUUAAUGUGUCUAUUCACUUACUGUCACUUUCUCAUUUGUAUCUGCAACCCAAAAAUCCUGUUUGCUGCCAGUUUUAAUUCACUUUGUAUCACAGCUCACUCAUACAUCCUUUUCUUUUGCUCAGAAGGGUUUAUAUCUUACAUGAAAUGAUACUUGUGCAGGGGUCUAAAACACAAGGGGUCCUGAAGUCAAAGAGGGGAGUAGGGUCAGUGAUCCACAGAGACUCUGGAGGGCCUGCAGCUCUGAGGUUGAUACGUACUUUAGAGAGGCCCUCUUGGGCUUCACACAGACAUGAACAAUUUAUAGCACCAUUUGUCACUACUUGUCUACAUAAUGCAGAUAUCAUUAUUUUUACUCAGUUUAUAUUUAAAAAAAAACCAUAAAACUGAAGACUUCAUCUCUUCAGAAUGCACACCUUAACCCUAACUCUACAAACGUGUAUAUGAGUGUUUCCAAACUUAUUAUCUGGUGGCACACUUUUUUUUUUUUUACCAAAACCAUCCCAAGGCACACCACCAUUCUUCUAACGUCAUACACAUGCCCAGCUGUCAGAAUUGCAGGAUGACCGGAGAAGCCAGUAAAAAAGGGCAGCCCAGAGAUCAGCAUUCCCAGACACGGCACUUGAUGAGUACUUUGGUGGCAUCUCCCAGCUGCUUCGUCCCUUUGCCUGUCCCUCUCUGACUCUGGGACAACACGUAUGCCCACAAUGAGACUUGCUGGCAACCACACACUCUGGCAGAUGGACUCCAGCAGUCAGCAGAUGCAUCUGAAGUUUUCCAAGUGCUGUGUCUGCAACAUAGCGAUGGCAGAGCUGCUUUUAUGCCAGCUUCUCCAGGUGGUCCUGUAAUCCACAGACAGAUCUGGACCACCUGUUUAGCUUGUCCCUCUCAGGUUCACACCCAGGUAUGGUACACCGUUAUUUCUACAGCACACCUGGGUAAGCUCUCUUGGCACACCACUGUGCCACAGCACACUGGUUGGAAAUUGCUGGUGUAGAUGAUACGCCAAAAUAAAGAUUUAUGCAAUAGAUAAUAAGGUGAUCAACUUUUAAACUGAAAUGCUUGUGACAUUGCUGUUAAUACUGAAGAGAGGUAAAGGUCAUUCAGUUUUGGACAUUAUUAAGAAAAAUGGAGUCAUUUAAAUUUCUCUUUAAGCUAGUGCCACUAGAUUACUAAUUUAGGGAAUAAAAGCCGAGCAGUUUAUAAAAGUAACAUUGUAGCUUUGUAAAGACAACACAGACAAACGAAUCAAAAAGCCAACACUGCCAUUACUGGUCAUUGCUAACACCGAAAGAAGCUGUCAAAAGUUUGAUUUGUGGCAUUUAAAUUAAAAUACAAAGGUGUGUGAUGUUUAAAUUCUUGAGUUGUGCGGCAUCACUGAUUGAUUCUCUUUUAUUAUCAGAUUCAAACCGCCUCAAUUAAUAACUCAGCUCUCUCCAUUGUAAUUCUCUUAGGUAGCAACAGCCCACCUGGCCAGAGGCACCAAUUCAGGCCACACUUUUACACAUUCAUACACCCCCUGCCAAUUUAAGUUGCCCAUUAAACUACAUGUACCCUUUUUGGGCCCCACAGACAGCCCACCUGGAAAACGGGUACGGUGUGGAAACUGACACUCUGAGUGCUUGGCUCCACUUCCUCACAUUCGUUUCAGUCGUCUCACUCCAUAGUGAUAAUGCUCUGCUAGUUUGUGUGCCAGUGGGCACUCAAAGGCUCCUGCCCACUUGUCAUGCUCAUGUUUUUCUUAUUUCUAGGACGGUUUGUUUUUCACUUCCUUUCACUCAGAUACAGUGGCUUGGACAUCAGCGUGAUGAUUCCAUGCAUAUGUGCUUGAUUUUCAUAUCUGGUGUCACUUUACAGUAAAUCUGAUGUUUUUCUUGUGGCUGUCAAUUUCAUUCUUAUUUGGAACUUUUACAUUCAAAUCGGCAUCACUUUCACAAUUCCUUUAUUUCAUUUGUAAAUACCUUCAUUACAUAAACACAGAAGGGGUGGUAAUUGUGGAAUACAAUUUAUGCCAAAAUGAAUAAAUAAAACUGCAGUUAUGAAGCUGUUAGUCACAUGAAAAAGUUUGACAAUAUAUAUAAAUGAGUCAAAAACUGUGCAAAAACAAGUACAUAAUUAAAUAAAAAUCAUCUAAAUAUUAUGGAUUAUAAAGUUACCUUAUUUGGGUUCAAUAAUGUAGUUGCCAUACCUUUAAUUAUUGUUCUUUAUAUUCUAAAAUGACCUUUGUCAAUCAAGACACAGACCAACAGGCUGAACCUGCUCCUCUUGGUCUGUCACUAGCGAUCAAUUCUUGAGUCUGACUGUAGGCGGCACGCUAAGAGUUGGGUAGUCCGGCAGACGAAAUCCAAAGAGGUCAUCUAACACACAAUGCUAUCCUGAGAGGAGCUGUCAGUGUCCUCGGACGUAGAAGUGCUCUUCAAAAUGUUGACAUUGAUAAAGAACUUGGUAGGGGUUCAAGACUGACUGAGCACACUGUGAAGAAAUCCCAUCAGCACAUAUUAAUGCUAAAUGUCUACAACUGGAAAUCUCAGUUGACCUUCUAGACAUGGCAGCCACUGUGCUCAAUUGAUCUUAAACUACUGAGAACUGCCUUGUCAAUGUGAAUAUUUUAAAGUACGCUUAUCUGUCUGAGCAUUAGAACUGUAUUGUAUAUUUGUCGUAUAAUAGUGCAGACAGUCUGCUCUUCAGAUAUGUGAGGCUAAGUGACUAUGCACUGUUAGAGACAGGGAGUCCCUGCAUUCCCCAAGGCUUGAGAACAUUCAAGAAGACUUGUGGAGAUGUUCAGUGAUGGGCUACAACAAAUGGUAGCCCCAUGCAGGGUUUUUGUGGUGGUGUUCUUGGUGGAUCAUGGAAAGUCAGAUGGAGUGAGUGUGCCAGUGACAAUAAGAAGAGGUGAUCGCCGAUGCAUUAAGGAGGAAGAAAGGCGCAAAACUAGCAGCAUCAUGCCUUCAGUGCAUAUUUGUUGUUUUAUGAGGUUUUCAUUGUGGAUUGUAAUAGCAUCACUAGGCUGUUAGGCCCUUAAAAUACAGUUUGCUAUUAUUUAAUAAAUGCGCCCAUUGCAUUGUUCAAUUACAAUAUGAAGGGGUACCCAAAAAUAACCGGAAUUGGGGAAAAAUAACUGAAACUUUAGUCUUCCUCAAAGUACUCUCCAUGUAAAUGAAUACACUUGUCCCAACAGUUUUCCCCACUGGUGGAAACAUUUUUGGAAUUGCUGAAAAGGAACAUUGUCCAAGGCCUGCAGCGAUUUUUCUUUGACUUCCUCCAUGGUCCAAAAACGCUUUCCUUUGAGUUCUUUUUUCAUAUGCGAGAACAAGAAAUAGUUGCACGGAUCAAAGAUCAGGUGUGUAGGGAAGGUGGCAAGAACUCCAAGACACACAAGUUAAUUCAGAACUCUCUUAAAUAGCCCGACGAUGAUCUUCAUAAAUUUCAUUGCAAACUUUUUCAAGAUUUUUGUCAUUCUUAAUUGUGGAAGGUUGGCCAGAUCUUGGUUGGUCUUCAAGUGACAUUUCCCAUCGUUUGAAACACGAAAACCAUUCAUAGACCUGCGUUUUACUUAAAGCUUCCUCUUUAAAAGCAGUUUCAAGCAUCACAACAGUUUCAGCAACUGUUUUCCCUAAAAGAAAGCAAACUUUAACACAGACUCACUGUUGUUUAUAAUCACCAAUCACAAAAAUUGCAGAACAUGUUUAAUAAGCACCAAGAAAAACUGACACAGAAUGCUGUUUGAACAAUACAGAGAAACGCAACUUGGCAGACUGCCACAGAAUCCUGUAAGUAUGCUACACCUAGUGGCGAAAUUCACAACGAAGUCUAGAUUGUGCGACAGGUGCAAGUUGCUGUUGUUUUUGGGUACCCCCUUUUAUAUACAGUGAUCUCUUGUUGGCAAAAAUUGCUGGAGUUGGCAAGUAGUAGGAUGAAGUUAUUGAAUAUGGCGCUAGGUAUAUUGUACCUACAAAUGUGGUUAAUCAGUCCACUGAGUGGCAUUGUGCCAAGCUGAUCGAGUGCGUGUUUCUGGCAUUUAUUUUCCAGUCGUGUGGGUGACGUUGCCAAAUUUUUUUCUUCUUCUUUGUUCAAGCCGUCAGGGCAAAUUUUCAAUAGUCAAUACUGAUAAUGUUUCUUGACAUUGGUGGAGUUGUUCAUAAAGAGUUUGUCGCCCCUGAACAAGACUUUUAAUCGGUGACAUUACAUUGAAUUGUUGAGGCGUUUUCAGGAAAGCAACAGAAAGAAAAAAAAAAAGCCAAACAUCCAGAGAAGUGGCGCACACAAGACUGGGAUUUGCAACGUGACAAUGCACCUUCACACACCGCGUUGUCAGUCCAAGAGUGUUUGAUCAAAAACAAUGUGAUUGCUGCUUCACAUCCCCAUAUUCGCCAGAUCUCACUUCUUGAGAUUUCGUUUUGUUCACGAAAUUAAAAUUGAGACUAAGAUGACUUGCUACUGUGAGAGAAAUACAAGAAAAAAAACACAGGAACUUCUAGACAUGGUAAGAAAAGAUAAGUACAGGAAGUGUGAACAGGAAGAAGGAACUAAGAUACUGCAUCUGAAGGAGAAGAUUUUGAAGGUGACUAAAAGGGAAUUGGUGUAAGUUUUACAGUUAAGUUUCUUUUUUUCUUUUCUUUGGAACCCCCUCAUAAUUCCUCUGCAAAACUGACUACAGCAACUCUUAACUGCUUUAAUGUUUUUGCCACUUUGAAUGUAAGAAAAGUCGCACCGAAGACCUUUGGUAUGUUGCUGCCUACAGUCAGGCCAAAGCCCUUAGCAAGAAAUAAUUAACUAACAGGCAAAAGGUAAGCCAAGCAACACAACCACAACACAAAGAGGCAUCUGGGAUAAACGUUGUGGACAUCACAGUAGCGUUCCGAAAAAAGUCCUCUUGUUAAAUACAAGUGCUCAGUAAUAAUGGGGUCAUUAACACUGCAGCAUUUCAAUCUAAGAUGAUUACAUUGUUGAACUAAAAUAAAAUGCUGACCUUUUAUUUCUUACUAAUUAGAUAACUUUUAUAUAAAUGUUUUUUUUUUUUUAAAACCAUUGAAAUAUAUUACUCUAUUUUUUAAUGUGAUUGUUUCGUAAUUGUCAUUUUGUUUAUUUCAUUUUGGCACCAAUGAUAUUCCACAGAAUACACAACACUUCUAUCUUCAGACCUCUAUAUGAGAGUGAUUUUAAAUUGAAAGAACUGAAAUGGAUGAUGGGACACAGCAGACAUCAGCUCGAGUAUCGCCUCCCUUUGCAGUCACUUCAGUGAUCUUUGAGAGUCAAGUGUAUGUAGGUGCAUCUCGCCAGUGCCCUCAGCAAUCUUUCAUAACACCCCCCUCACCCACCCUCACAGUGGAGCUCACUGCCUGCAUGUGUAUAAAGGUGGUCCGAAUUUGGUGAAUUUAGACUCCCUGCAUCACCGCCUGAUGAAAUGAGGGGCUGCUGGGGCAGGAGUCUAUCCCAACAACAUAGAGUACCUGGCAGGGACCAACCCCAAACCGGGUGCCAGUCUAAUGCUAUGCCCACCCACAUUGACACUAGCUUGGGGAGAAUUUAGAAUCUGCAUUUAACAAAAAUUCACAUCUUUCGGUGUGUCGCCAUGCCGCCCCUGAUGCCACUCCUGAUGUACUUGCAUUGAUUUACUAACAGACAUUCAGCAAAUUUAUACUAGCGAUGGGCCAAACAGGAAUGUUUCAGUUCAAAUACAGUAUCACAAAACUGGCAUUAAAAUUCCUUUUGCAAUGCCUCCUAAGCCUUGUUCACACGCCCAUACUUACCUGUGUCCAUUACAUAUUUUCCACAUAAAGACGCACUCAUUGUACGGCUUACUGUGUUUUUCUGCACAUGAAAACUGACUACAGGGGAAGUCACACUGCCAAACACCCCGACUCUCUGCCAUUACUUAGCAACCAUCAUAUUCCAAGUUAAGGAUACACACACUUGUGGGGAUUUUGCUCUAGCGAUCUUUAUUGAAAUAUUAAGUGAUGUUUGCAUAUUUAACGCAUGAAAAUGUUUCCAGACAGGAACCAAACUGUUCUUCUUGUGCACAAAUUUCACUGGAAGCAAAACGUGGUUUAUUUCACAAAUGUUUUUUUGCAAAGUGAAGCACUGAGUUUUGUUACAAGUGCGUGAAGUGAUUUGCUUAUCAAUAUUGGUCACCAACUGGUGAAAUGCAGAGAGAGUCGGCAGUGCCAUUUGUUCACCAGGCUCACUGGAGGAGACGUGUGCUUUUGAAAAACUCUGGUGGUAAACGCGUGAGGUGGAAUGUGCAGUGUGCCCAGUAAAUUUUAAAGUUUAAAGAUCCCGUUUAGUUUUUAUAACAUUUAGCCUCAUACUACCGUGAUAAACGACUGUGUAUCCUGCAGUUUUGUAACAUCCCAAAAACGAACGCUGCAAGUUCCGUCUGUCUUGCCAAGAUAUGGCGGUCAUGCUCCGUAACCCCCCAUGACUUGGCUAACACGGCCCAUCCACUGUACAACAUUAUUAUCAUGUAGGUCACUUCAGAUCCUGAAAAUGCAAGAGCAAUUGUAUUUUAAUUUUUUUAAAAUGUUUUCUCAUAUUUAUGCAUGUCACCAUAUUCAAAGUAUUCACUGUUGUGUUAUUGUCUUAAUACUUUUGAAGAAAGAUUUUCAUACUAGUUGGUCUCUCCAUUUUUUACAACACAUUCCAUACCAAGGUGCAGUUCAGGAACUGGAAAGAAGGGUAAGUCUUAAAAGUUUAGUCUUCAUAACAUUCAGAAAAUCAUACUCAAAAUGACCACUACACAUUUUCUACAAACAAUCGCUAGCAGUUUGUGUGUCAGUAAUGAAUUUAAGUAAGGGAACAAAUACUAAAAAGCUUUUGCAUAUCGAUGGGUAUGUUUUGUGUUGUAUGGAACUACAUGCUGAUUCCUUUUAACUGUCAGAUGGUGCAGAGAGUUGGAAACAGCCUUGGACGUGUUUACAUGGGCUCUGACUUCGUCUGGUUGUCUUCUACCACUUUCUGUUGGUCUCUCUUCAUUUUCUAUAAACCGUAGGAAAUGCGCAAAACUGACAGAUCACAGGUUUAACAACUGCUCACUGUGCCAAACCAAGUAGACUUGUGCUUUUCAUUCAGCCGUAUGGCUAGAGUACCUUUCUUCAACAUCUGACACGACCAUCUCAAAUAAAAAGAUGUAAUUUGGAAAAAUCUUA